UGAGAGCAAAAACCACUGAGGCAAAGUUACCGUGAAGGGAUCGAACAAGGCACUAGGACCUAGGAGGCGUCUCAUCCACCCUGGCAGGAAUUUCUUGCUUGGAGCUCAGACAACAAAGACAGAGUGAGCCUGGUUUUCUUUCUCUCAGCAUCUCCACCCUGCGCGCUGAAAACCGCUUCAGAUCUUUAAGGUUCACCAAACUAUGGAACUUGAUUUUGGACACUUUGACGAAAGAGACAAGGCGUCCAGAAACAUGCGAGGCUCACGGAUGAAUGGGUUGCCCAGCCCCACUCACAGCGCUCACUGUAGCUUCUACAGAACCAGGACCUUACAGGCACUGAGUAACGAGAAGAAAGCCAAGAAGGUGCGUUUCUAUCGCAAUGGGGACCGCUACUUCAAGGGGAUUGUAUAUGCUGUGUCCUCUGAUCGCUUCCGAAGUUUUGAUGCUCUCCUGGCUGACCUGACCCGGUCCCUGUCUGACAACAUUAAUCUGCCUCAGGGAGUCCGUUACAUUUACACCAUCGAUGGGUCACGGAAGAUUGGGAGCAUGGAUGAGCUGGAGGAAGGGGAGAGUUAUGUCUGCUCAUCUGACAAUUUCUUCAAGAAAGUGGAGUACACCAAGAACGUCAAUCCCAACUGGUCUGUCAAUGUGAAGACAUCUGCCAACCAGAAAGCACCUCAGUCUCUGGCCAGCAGCAACAGCGCCCAGGCAAAGGAGAACAAAGAUUUUGUGCGUCCCAAGCUGGUAACCAUCAUCCGCAGUGGGGUGAAGCCCCGGAAGGCAGUCCGUGUGCUCUUGAACAAGAAGACUGCCCAUUCGUUUGAACAAGUUCUCACUGACAUCACUGAAGCUAUAAAACUGGAGACGGGAGUGGUCAAAAAGCUGUAUACCUUGGAUGGGAAACAGGUGACCUGUCUCCACGAUUUCUUUGGGGAUGAUGAUGUGUUUAUCGCCUGUGGUCCAGAAAAAUUCCGCUAUGCACAGGAUGACUUUUCUCUGGAUGAAAGCGAGUGCCGGGUGAUGAAAGGGAGCCCUGCAGCUGCCACGGGCAGUAAGUCAUCUCCCACCCCCCAGAAGAGCUCAGCAAAGAGUCCAGCCCCCAUGCGUCGGAGCAAGUCUCCAGCCGAUUCAGGUAACCAUGAAGAUGCAAAUGGGACCUCAAGCAGUCAGCUGUCUACACCCAAAUCAAAGCAGUCCCCAAUCUCCACACCUACCAGCCCAGGGAGCCUCCGUAAGCACAAGGUAGACUUGUAUCUGCCUCUGUCUUUGGAUGAUUCUGAUUCCCUUGGAGAUUCCAUGUAAAGCGACACGAAGCUAAAUGUCCAUAUUGCAAAGCUACGUUUAAGAUAAAGUUGAGUACUUCUGCCAAAAUAAGCAGAUAGGUGACUGGUGCUUUCAAAUCAGACAAAGGACACGCAGUUAUAUGUCUUUUUUUUUUUUUUUUUUCCUGUGAUUUAUCCUCUGUGCCACAAAUUAACACCUACCAGUCUAUAGAGAUAGAGGGAUACCAUUCUUCUAAGUUACAGGGAUGCAAAAUGGACAUUGUGAGCAAUUUGGGGCCAAUAUGCCAAUAAUCCUCUGCAUUUCCCAUUUUCUUCUAUUAUUUCUUUUUCUGCUGCAACUCUGUAAUUUUCCAACCAAGUGAUAGUACAGUACAGUAGCUCCCCCAAAAGUGUGCAAAGGGAUUGCUUGCUGACCGAUUUGCAAGCUCAAGUUGAGCAUAAUAUUUUCCACCUGUCCAAGUUGCCAGGUUUGCCGGCUCACCUACUCCUCAUUUGCAGCCCUGAUUUUAGCACCUGCAUGCUAAGUAGUAUUGGUUUUAUUAUUGGAGAGCAGGAACAGAAACCACUUACUGGUUUAUGCUUAACACACCAGCAGAAGCUUGGAUGAGAUUUGGGAUGACUGCAUAAGAUGCUCAGUAAGGUUAGUACCAGAAUGAAUCAGAUAUUGGGAUUUUUUUAUAUUUUUUAAACAAUUAAGCGAAAAAAUGUAAGUUAUCUGGAGUGGAACAUCUUUCAUGUAUGUUCUAAAGAUACUGUUAGCUGGUAAAAAGUGUUUAUAUCUACCCUAUGGUAUCUCUCUAUCUCUGUUUCUAACAGGAAUGCCUUGUGAACAGCCAACACUGAAAACACUGUGAAAAUUUGUUUUCAGGUUUGACACAUUAUAGGUCACUUUUUAUAGCAAAAAAAAAAUCAAUACACUUUUAUAAAGGAAAACCUUGUAUCUGUGUUUUGGGAGUAAGGAUUCUAGCUCCUUGUUUUUUAUAAAAGCUGGUAAUUUUCUUUUGUUUAAAAAACACAUUCAGAAAAAUUACAAAAAAACCAACCAACAACUGCAGAACAGUAAUAACAACAACUCAGUUUAGAAAUCGUGUCAUCACUGCCAAAACAGACACGUGUCGGGGGGGAAAAGGUCAGUUCAAAAUAUUGAAUGUUUUGAUAGUUUUUGUAAUGUUUAAGACUACGUAUUUGGUUUUUUACACUUCAGUAUUCCUAACUACGGCCAGAUUCUCUACUUAUAUAACAAAUGGAAUUUUGUGGUGUUCAGAAAGCCGUAUUUUAAGAAAAUCUUCUUUCUGACAAAACCAAACAAACUAUUUAGAGAAUACUUUUGCUUUUAUUAAUCAGUAAUGACUCCUACGGAAUGCAAAGUUCAUCUAUUCACGCAGGGCUGGUGGUUUUUACUACACUGAAGCUUUGUCAUAGGCUGGCUGGCAUUGCCUUCCUUUCUCAUGGAACAAGCUUUCGAUGAAAUGGAUUAGUGCAGAACUUUACCUAAAUGAAAUCCAUGCGAUCAAAUCAAUCUUUGUUGCUAUCUUUGCCUUUGUUUCAACAUAUACACCUAUUCCCUUGCAACCCCUUGUGAUUAGAAUGAAUUCUAACAUUGUGAUGUUUGAUGCUACAUAAAUGCUGGGCUGUUCCCAAAGCCACUCCACAUUUUGUUUGCUUGCAUUGCUGGUACGAAACAAUCUGUGCGGGCUGCAUCUUUAGAGGUUCAUGCGAUGAUACAUGUAAUGCAACUUAAAAAUCUGAGAGAGGGCAGGAUUGGGAAUUAUCAAGGGGUCAGUGUUAUCGUGCACCAAAUUUGCACCUGGUUGUCUUAGUGCAUGAUCAUUUACACCUAGAGUUUUGCACAAGAAAUAAGUUGUUCCCACAUAUAACUUGAUUUAAUUGAAUAACUCUCUGACUACGUGACUGCUAAAUGAUCAUUUCUCUUAUUGUAUAUAGAAUCUUGGUUUUAAUUCAAAAGCUAAGGGCUUAUAUUGAAGGUUUACGGUGGGGAGGAUGGUAGUGUGGACAAAGCUUAGGUGCAGUAGUCAGGACACCUUCAUUCAGCCCUUGGCAUUGCUAAAUUUAGUGUCGGAACGGGAGCAGGUCUCUUAGUAACCCUGUGCCUCAAUCUGUCUAUCUGUCCCUGCAGGGACAAUACUGUUCUACCUCACUGGGGGUUGUGAGGCCAAAUGCUGGUUAACGUUUGUAAAGUGCUUUCAGAUCCUCUAACAGAAGAAGCUGAAGUGUUCGGGGUGCAGAUUUGCUUCUGGGUGCUAAUUUUUGGCUCUUUAAUCCUGUGGGUGCUACUGCAGACACUGAUCAUGAAAAAAUAUGACUUUUUAAGCCUAAGGAUGUCAAAGGCCAUGGUUAUGCUAACAAUAUUGUUCAUCAGAGCUUUUGUCUUCGUAAAAGCUUUAGUGGGACUGGUAAUUUGACAUGCUUUUACCUUCUCCUCUCUUCAGUUUGUGGAAAUCUCAGAGUCCUUCCCCAUGCCUCUGCCUUUCCAGGGACCCUGACCAGCAGGGUGCACCUAUUGACAGUUAGAGAUGAUGGACUCAACUCCAGUCAAAUGUGUUAUCACUUAAGUGGCAAAGGCCAUUCCUGUCAUAGUCAGAGUCAGCAUGUCCUGCCACCUUUCCUCCAAGUCUGUGAUAAACCAAGAGAUCAGCCGUGAAAUCACAUCUAUGUUCCCUUAAUACUCAGUGCAGGACUCUCACCACCGAUCCACCAGAAAAACCUAAACCUUUGAUAUCUGUAAGCAGACUGAACUGCUAGAGCUGACGGCAGUAGGAAAGGAGUCUGAGAUGUGCUUUCUCCCAGUAUCUGUGAGUUCAGCUUGUGUGAGAUAAAGCAAGACCCCAAGUGGUGAUGGACCUUUGGAUGGGUGGUUGUUGAGGCAGCUGUUGAGAAAUGGUUCCUAUUCUUCCUGCCACAAGUCGUGUUUAGUUAUUUGAAGAUGCUCUCCCUGGCAGAGUGUGCUAAGGAAUCACUGAGGCCUUUUUCCUGAGCUGCAUCUAUUGACAUAUCUGAAAUGAUUCUGCAAGCACUCCUUUGGGAGCAGAGUUUGUUUGCAUGAGAAUCAUCCUGGGGUGGGGCUGAGCCCAGCAGUUCCUUCAGGGGAUUAGGAGGAUGUUGAAAAGGCCUAAAAGAAGGGAAAAAAAUUGCUCAGUGGGAAAAAUAGCCAUUCAAACCAGUAGAAGCCACAAAGAAAACAGGGUAUGAGGUCAAACUCCCAAGUUUUAAAAAGCAAUUUUCCAGGUAGAAAUGCCUGGGCAGUAAGAGAAGUCAGUGAGCAUUUCAGCUGUAACAUAUAGUUGAGUCUGUAUCAAUGUCAAUAUUGCAUGAGUUCUUGUACAGAAAUGCAUGUGGAAUGUUACCUACAUUCAAAACUAGUUAUUUUGGGCUUUGUAAGAUCCCUUAUGUAGAUUUGAAUACAAAGAGAAGCAAUGCACAGGCAUUGUACCUUAGUUAUUUAAAUACAAGGACAGCCUUGAUUCAGGAAAGAACUUAAAGACAUGCUGAAAUUUUACUAUGUGCUUUACUCCUAUUGAUUUUUCAUGAGAUAUAAGCUUGGGUUUGGUCAGAGGGAUUUCCUGAACUGGAAUGAAUUAGUAAUUACUUUCAAUAUACUACAAUAAUCCCAGAUCCUAUGAGAUCCUGGCACAGCUGACAGUAAUUCCACCAUAUACUCAAGAGUUUACCUUUUAUAUGUUUUUCUACCUUUGCAGCACAUAAAACUCCACAGGCUAUGAGGAUUUGCAAUAUUAAUUCUGCUAUAAAACCCCUGUCUAAUUUCCCUUAUGAGGCUGCCUUUAGUGUUUCCAGAGACUAAUCGAAUCACUAAAACUAUAUUGUUUUAGAACAGUACAGCAUUUAAAAACAAAUUGGAGGCCCUUACAGUAAUAGGGCUUUGUUUCUUUGAAAUCUGCCUUUAUUCAGUAUCCAGUAUAAUUCACAUAUAGAGCAAAAUACCUGUUUUGGACACACAAUCUUUAGGAAGGAAUUAGAGCAAUCCUCCCAGCAUAGACUGAUGUAUUCAGUAUUCAUACAUUCCAGUGAUGGUCUUGACUGUAGAUCAGGGCAAUGCAGCAAAAUCUUCAGCCUAAGGAUUUUUUGUCACUUGUAAAGCAUUUCUAAUCUUGAAGUUUCUGGGUCAAAGCCUCAUCUGGUAUAAGAUUGGAGCUAGUUCAGUCCCACCAGCUAAACAGCAGGACUCUACACCUUGAAGUAAGUUUGAAAGGCUUUGGUAAUGGGAUUUUUACCUCUGUUCACUCUGCAGUGGGAGAUGGAAAUAGCUUUUCCCUACCGUUGUCUGUGUUUCCUGUAUCUGCACAUUAUUUACAAUCUUCUCAGAAGCCAGAAACACUAAUUGUGUUAUCAUAGACAACAGAAAAAUAAUUCUGCUUAGACAACUACUUCCACAUCUCUCAUAUUUUGUUAAUGCACAUGUAUGCAUGCAAAAAAUCACAUGUGCAGCCUAGCUGUUACUUCUCUCUUGUUUGCUUAAUAGUACUUUUGAAAGGAAAAGGGGGACCAAAGGACCAAAAAUUGUGGCAAACAGCAAAACAAUAUUACACCCAGGCAUUUUUAAUAGGAGAUAACAGCAUAAAAGCGCUAGUUUCUCCUUAUCCACAUGGGUACUGACACCAUUUUCUAGGAUGCCUUAUGUUUGCUUUUUCAUGUGUUUGAGGUCAGUGCUGAUCUUCUUGCUACUUCCCAGAACACCUUGUGGAACUGCUCCGUAACGCCACGCUGAAUCCCUGCAGAGAUGCUGUUCCAGCGACAGCCAUCCCUGGAAGCUGCAUCCUCUUUGCAGGGGCAUGGUAUGGAUUUCCCAAUGUGAGGCUGCUGUGUGGCAAUGAGAGCACGAGAGUGUAUUUUCUCUUUGACUUCAGUGGUACCCCACAUCCAUUCAGGCAACUGGAGAGUUGACUUUUACUAUAGCAGAGGCAGUAUCAUUUUUAGAGAAAGGAAUUAAAAAUAGCCACGUAGGUAUAAAAUUAGUCCAGAAAGUGUCUCCUCAAGCUAAGACAAUCCACAGCCAGGGAAAAGCUAUGUAGAGGUGUGUCUACCACACAGAGGUGCUGAUCAUGACCAAAAUGGAACAAACCAGCUUUUUAUCUAGUGGUAAUUUAGACUAAAAGUUAUUUUUCCGUUUGCUGGUGGAAGCAGGCUGGAACAGUAUUUGGGACUAGUGAGGUUCUUUGUAGAAGCAAAUGGAUGGCACAAGAUGAAGGUCUUCUUCUGUCUUUCAAGAUAAGAGUGAGGUCAGUCCAUUCAACAGGAUAAGUACUUUACAUAAGAUACAUAGAAGAGAUCCAGUUAAAACACCAUCUUGGUGUAAUGAGACCAAGAAGGUUAAGACUUUAAGUGCCUCCCAACAAAAUUACUGUCUUCAGAAUCGUGGAUUUCUUCUGGCCAGUGCCUCUGUGUGAAUCUGAACAGGCCUCACCAUGGUAUCUCAAGAAAUGUUGAAGAUGAGUCUUGCAUCUCGCAGUGCAGUCACUGCUCACUGAUUGUGGAGCAAGCUCGGCUGGGUUCUGCUGCAUUGGUGAUUGAUUCUGUUGUUCAGAUAUUCUUCACCUUCCUCCUUUGCUGCUGGCUUGAGAUCUGGUGUCUCUCAUUCUAGGUGCUUCCAGGGAAAAGGCUGGGGCCAGCAAUGUGUAUAGACCCUUCUUUUUGUUUUGUGUUGCUUCGUCUGGAACAGGUCAAGUCAUUUGAUGUUUGUCUGAAGGUCUGGGGCCAAGCUGACAAAAAAACGUGUUUUAAUAGGGAGAGGGGAGAUGGUCAGAGAUGGUAAGUGGGUGGAAGGAAAGGCUUUUUUUUCAGCAAUGCCAUUGCAUAGCUGUUCUGACAGAAUCCCGGUUGUAGGGCAGGGUAUGAGGUGAAAAUGCAGAGCUUUGGGGUCACAGUCUGGUGUUUGUGUUUUUAGCCUUCUAUAAACAAUUUCUGACCAUUAGAUGAGCUUCUGAGCAAAUGAGAAUCAAAUCUAGUGGAUUCAGCAGUGGGAUUUCAGAGACAUUGGGAUUUCAGAGAUAUUGGUCUUUGGCAUAACUGUGGAUAGAUCAUUUCUCCUUGUGCCACGGUGUCCCAAUGCAUAAAGAGCUGAUCACAAUACUCGCCUCCAUUUGUAAGGUACUUUGAGAUAAGCUGACACAAAUAGCUACAGAAGAGCUCGCUCUUAAGAUGUACACAUUCCUUAGCAAUGUCUGAAAACCCGAUAGAAGCAAACUGUGGUCUGCUGUCUUUGGCAAGACUUUUCAGGAACUCUGGCUCUCUCAAAACUAUGCUGUAAUAAUCCUUCAUUAUUUUCGUAAUGAUGAAAGACAGACAUAUCAUUUUAGUUCCUCCCAAACCCACAGAAGAGCCAACAACAGCCCUGGGUGCAAGGCCAUAUCUACAUCCAACAACCCUAUUCUCUCAUCUGGGGUUGCCACCUCUGGCCUGAAGACAGUCCCCUUCUGCUCCUCUUUUUGUCACAUGUAUAUGUACCUAUUGGGGUCAAUUGUAUUACUGUUCAAAAUAUAGGCUUUGUAUUUGUAAGCGAUGAAUAAGUCUGGUGAUUUCAGUGGCUUUCUACCAGAAAACAGUGGGCCUGUUGUUGAAAGCUUUCGUGUUUAGAAAGCGUUCAUGGCCAGAUGGCUUCAUGGGAAAGAGUUGCUUUUCAGUUUCAUUGCCUAAUGCACUCAGCUGAACUACCCUAUUCUGGCUCGUGCUGUAUAUCUCAAUGAACUGUAACUCGGGACUCUGCAGCCAGUUUGGAGCUUCCCUGGGCCUGGCAGUUUAUCACUCAUACAACUGAAGAACGAGGGUGCUCAGGGGAAUUAACAAAUCUUUGCGGUAAUUAGAGUCUGUCAGCUGAAAAAAGGAAAGUUGGCACUGUUAGAGAAAGAUGCCAUGAUGGCCAGUGUCAUGGGGAACAACGGAAAAAAGGCUUGUUUCUAAGAGGAAUGGUAGGGGGCAUUUGUUAGGAGAUAUUUACCGAGUGAUGAAAUGAGCUUGAAGUUCACAGAAAAUCAAAUGGAAGGGAGAGCAUGAGGCAAGGACUGGAAAUGUCAGUGCCAUCGAUGUGUGGGAAUAAUAAAAGACAAAAGCCAGGGAGAAACAAAAGGGGAAGCUGGGUCUUGCUGAGGAUCUACAGCUUGGUUCUGGACAGAAAAGCAGCAGGGAUUCCUGGCUGCGUGUUGAGAGUUGUUGCCCCUGCAGGCAUCUCAGCCAGGAUGCAGGCUAUCUGCCACCACAGUGUGUGUCCCACAGGAAUAAGGUCACACUUGGCCGCAGGCAGGAGAAGUUGGUUUGAAGUUCCUUCUCUGCCCCUGUUUUACUCUCAGCAAACUCUGGAGAAACUAGCAGCCCGCUUGCUCCAGGGUGAAAAGCCAAGACAGGCUCCUGGAGGAGGUUGCCUUGAUGUGCUGUGCAGGCAGAGGGGCUGAUGAUGAUCUUGUCCAUGGUAUGCCUUGCCACGAAUGUGAGAGCUGCUGCAUUCAAUAAAACAAUCGGAAUCUGUGCUGCACAAGGGGAUCUGUGUUUAACACCGGUUUUCUCAUGAAAUCUUUUUUCUAAGUUCAGUUGGAUACAGUGCUUGUGAAUUUAAUCCUAAAAGCAAAUCAACUGGCUUAUCUGAACACCAUUUUUUGCUGUUUAGUCUCGGUAUUUUUUUCUUUUUUUUGAAUAAACAUUGCAUCUCUUUGUUUCUGUAGAUCCUGAGACACUCAAUAUAACACAAGUGAAACCCAAUACACCUAAUUCUCUGCUGCUUUAAACAGGCAGAAGCUUCUUUGUAAUUAAGGGAGCUAAAUCCAUUUGGUCCGAGCUUGGUCUCCUAUUUCAAACCUUGAUUACUGUCAAUAAUUCUUGUGUGAUUGAUUACUUAAGUGCAGAUUCAGUUUCCUGGGUGACAGCUGCAGACUUUCCAGAGAAAACCUCAUCGACCCCUGGUAUGAGGCGAUCUCUUGUAUGGACCUCUAAUAGCAAGUUAUAUAUGGAAGAUGGUUUGUAUAGUUUUAUUAAAGUCAAUGAUAAAGCUGAAGUAGUUUGUUGAAAUAUCUUAAAACUUUCAAAAUUGAAAAUUAAACAAUGAACCUUAGAAAAAUCAGGGUCUGUUCUCUAUUUUCUGAUUCUAAAGAGUCUUGGCUUUAUCUCACUUUACUCUCACUUUAGUCUAUGAAUGGACAUGCCCUGAGCCCAGCAGGUUUAUGGAAUUAGAAACAGCAUUUCUAUUACUUCUGGUAUUUUUCUACUCCAGGCCCAGCAAGUACCAAGCAGAAGAGAGAUUUAUGGUUGGCUUGGUUUUUAGAGAAAAAUAUUACCAAAUGUCUCUGAACAUAAAAAGCAAGGUUCCGUUCAUUUCAGGUGACUCGUCUAAACUCAAGGUUGCUUUUGAUUUUUAUCCAUGCUAGUUCUUCCAUCUCCAUUUGCAACAGUUUAUAUACAGGAAAUCAAGAUUAAUUUGAGUCACAUUUGAACAGUGAGGUUGUUGCAGAGCAAAGUGAUUCACCUGGCACGCGCAGUCAGAAUGAAACGCAUUGGUGACACUUGGCCAGGGCGGACCUGAACCAAACCCUGGUUCUGAACCCCCUGAGUUUCUGAGAACCCCCUGUGCAGAGUUCAAAUUAGGAAAUGUCUGUAAUGGACCCCAAGCUGAGGUCCAGGCCCAGUUCUUGAAAUGAAGAAUUUUACCUUCAGAGAAUCCCUGUGAAACAUUUAAUGGGUUUUUUUUUGGUUUAUGUUUUGGGGGUGUGAUUUUUUUAAUUCCAGCAUGACUGCUUUUCUCCGUCUGCUUCCAACCAUUGCACAGCAGAUACGGAUGGGUUUGUAAUUCACUUCCCUUUGCAGAAGGCAGUUGAAAUGUAUUGAUGUUCUGUCUUUCUCUCACGCUGACCACACAAUCACUGAGGGGUUGCAGAACGCACGGCCUCUUGUCCUUUUGGUUUUUUUCCCCUCUUUGCAACAGAAGAGCGUUUUCCAGUUUUAGUGUGAUGUCUAAUGAUACAUCUCCUUAAAAGAAGAAUGUCUAGGGAAUUGAUUGCACUGCUAAUUGGUGUUUAUAGAUAAGGUGAAGCAGAAGUAUUGAAUGUAAGAACAAGGCAGCCUGUGAGUUCUAAUUACAUGCUGAAUUCUGUCAUGUAAAAUUGUUGUCAUUUUGCUUCUUAUUUAAAUGAUGUGUGAUCGAAGCACUGUGGCAGUACUAGUACAGCUAUGGUUAUCAGUUCAGAAGGUACCCAGGGUCUUUUAGAAAGAGGAAACCUGCCUUGCCAAAUCUUCUAUGCUCUGAAAUGAUGACACAUUCCCCUCCGUGAUAUUCUGUAUUGUAUGACACUGUCUAGUCUAGAAGCACAGGAAAGAAAUAUCAGCUUGCUGAUUUUGCUGUUACUAACCUUUGCCUGUUUUCUUGAACACGAAUAUAAUCACAAGCUAGGGUUAGCGGCUGUCAUCACCUAAGCCCGAGUUCUUCAAGCCACCCUUCUCUGAAGAGCAUGAACUGCCUUUGCUCACGGCCCUGCACUCUGCAGCUCACUCUGAGCUGCAAAUCUGCCGACAAGUUGUGUUAGGGGAGGGAGAGGUGCAGCUGAACUGGAACCUGAUCACGGAUUACUGUCUUAGGUCAUUCAUUGAGUUUGUACGAUUUCAUCAUUAAUGACAAAGCUGCAAUAUAAUAUAACUGAGAGGCCACGAUGUAUCUUCUAUUGUCGUUCAGUGGGUGGGGGUUGGAGGGGCAGCCGGGUUUAAAGUUUAGCUGGUAUACUUUAAACUCUGUGUACAUAACCGUGGAGGACACGUGGGUGGUAAGGGUUCAGGUGUUAUUUUGUUGGGAUUAGUGAAUUUCAGUUUGGUUUUGUUUAAAUAAUAAUAAGGUAUUUAAUUAAUGACAUUGUACAAAGAGCUAUUAAUUUAAAUGGUGCUUCUGUUCUCCUAAACCAGAUCUAUCUAACCUUUCUUUUUGGCAAGACUGCAGCAAUGCUAAUCACGUUGACUUUUGUACCUUGGGGGAGUGCGUGGAAGGGGAAGGAAAACGCUUUUCUCUUCAGACAUAAUGUUGCCCAUAGUUAACUUUCUGCUUGAGUGUGUACCUUGGGUUCCCUUUACACUGAAUUCUUAUGUGAAGUUCUCUUAGAGGGACAGAACAAGCAGAGGUUAUUCCAAAAGAUCUCAACUGUAUCAUCUUGUAAUAUAUUGCAGCUUUAUGCCAAUGAUUCCUUGCUUACUGUACACAGUCCAUGCAUGUUUUGAACUAAUUUUGCAUUCUCCAUUCGUGGUGAGUUACUUAGCAUUUUAACCACCUUUUGUGCCAUUUAACUUGUACAGAAAACAUUUUUAUUGACGUUUUAAAGGGAGGGGGAAGAAAAGAUAAAAUAAAAACACAAACCCUUCCGCUCCCUAGUUGUAGGUAGAACUCAGUUACUUAGCAAACAGAUGUAGAUGAGUGGUUGUAGUGUUAGAAAUGUUAGCUUGCUCGUGAACAAGCUUUUGAGAGUAAAUGCAUGGUCCUGUACCUCUCUUUCCUUAAUUAGCUCCUCCUUUCCUCCUGGAAAGAUUCUCUCUCUCUCCCUCUCUCUUAUUCUGUCUUUGUCUCUCUCGUGGUUGUAAAGUACAGAUUUGGGCAUAAAUAAAAUGAUUUACAACGAGGUUUGAAAAGCAGUUCUCAACAGUUUCUCUUGGGGAACUUAUUUCUCACAGCGCCUUGCCUUGGCACUCUGAUUAGACUCUAACUUUCAAGGUAAAACUGAUGGAGAUCAGUCACCUGAUGCCUCUGCUUGAACUGGGGAACAAGUUCAAUCUUUGGAAGUUUGCGUCACUGGUAAACGAUGAGAUCUUGCUGACCCGUUGCAGCUGAGGCAUGUGGCACGUGGUGUAUUGGCCGUGGCUUCCAUGCCUGGUUGUUUCACAUGGGACAAGUCCCACGGCCCCUGAUUUGCGGAGUUUGCACACACUUUUUUAUUUUUCCUGGAUACGCAGCGGAAGGGGUCAGGGGAUGGUAUAUAGGAAUUAUGUUGUUAGGGACAUUGUAGACACCUCCUACUCCACGCUCCCAAGCUCUGAGUUGAAUACGCAGGGCUUACUGUUUAAUAGCUGUGGUUCUGUUGGCAAUGGAGGACAGAAAACAGUCCAAGUCUUGGAAAAGAGGGGGCCACUCACAAAGAUGGAUUUUGUAAGAAAUGGACUUAAAUGCCCCCCCCCCCAAACCCUGCCACAAACCCACAAAAUGUACCUAGAUCCACAUAUCUAUCCCUCAUGCCUCUUCUCCCUUAGAAGAAUUUCCUUUUGCUAUAUGAUCUGACUUUCUAGAAAAAAAAAAUUCCAUUUUCGUGAGGUGUUGUGAACUGUUUUUACUACUUGUAAAAACCAUCCCAGGUCUGAGUAUUCUUGUAAUGCAAUGCCAUGCAGCAGAGAACCUGUCCACUUUAUAGCUUUGCUCUCAAUAUUUGUUACUCAUUGUUUUCUCAUCUAAAUGUACAUUUGCAAGAUGUGUGUAAUGUCAUUUUCAAAAAAUAAAAUUUGGUUUCAAUAUUUAGGCCGAUAAAAACCUUUCUGAUGCUUUUGUUUGACAAGUUGUGUGUUGACUAUGACUUAUAGCAGUACUCGUUCAUUUUGAUUCAUCAAUUUUCCCUUGUACAAAUGCAGAAGAAAGACUGGGGAAGCAAUUUGAUGGCCUGGAAUUAAUUAAAGCCCACAUCUGCCUGACUGAAACAGCCCAACCUGUCCAAGACCCAUCCUCUUGACUAAAGGGAUGAACUCACUGUGGGUUCUGCUGUAGGAGAUAUGGUCAGGCGAGGGCAGCUCUUGCCCUAUAUGCAGCAUUUCAGUCAAAAACAUGGAUUCAAACUGGAAUGAUCUGCCCCUCAUCUGAACUCUGCGUUGGCAUCCAGAGCCUGGGCAAGGUCUGUUUGGUCUCAUGUUAUCUUUGGGAAGCUGAGUGAGAUUUGAGAGAUACACUGUGUUUGUCCUGGCUACCCACACAGGCCAAAAGAGGUCCAAAUUCUUGUUUCAUAGCUACCCUAUCAAGCCCACAAUAAAGACAAUGUUCUUCUCCCUUAUGAGCCCUGAAAAAUGUUCCAAAGGCUUAGACCUCCUCAUUUAAUUAUAUAGCACAAACUGCUUUGCUGCUUGUUUCUGCUUCAUAUCUGCAG